AUGAAGCUACCACUGGAAGAAAAAUGGGAGGUUGCCAAGAAGGCAUACGUGUGUUUUCGAUGCCUGAGCUCCACACACCGGGGUUUCAACUGCCGCGCGAAACCAUGUGGAAAAAACGGGUGCAGAGGAUCACAUCACAGGCUCCUCCACCGAGACAAGGAAGGCGAGAAGGAGUCGGCCGAGCCUAAAGACACACAACCCACGAAUACACCACAGCAAGCUAAAGACAAGCAGACGCACUCAGUGAACACCCUGUGCACCAUGAAAGGAUACCUGAAGAUAGUGCCGCUGAAGUUAUACGGCCCGAAGAAUACUACUGAAGUCUACGCCCUGCUGGAUGAAGGAGCCACCAUCACACUCAUAGAGGAAGAAGUGGCCGACUGCAUCGGAGCCACCGGUCCAAAGGAAGGUCUAUGCAUAGAAGGCAUCGGCGGACAUCGAAUGAACGAGCCCGACUCAAGGCGGCUGAAACUGAAGAUUCAAGGAAGAUACGCACGAAACAUUGAAAAAAUGAAUGCCUACACGAUUUCGAAGCUGAGCAUUUCGUCACAAAUGGUGCCACACACACUAAUAGAAGACUGUCCGCACCUAUCCGACAUCGCCGACGUGAUUACCUACGACAACGUGCGGCCGAGAAUAGUGAUUGGACAAGACAACUGGCAUCUAAUCAUAUCACAAGACGUGAAAUCCGGAGACCGAAACAAACCUGUAGCCUCACUCACAAGACUAGGCUGGACACUACACGGUUGUGCAACAUUCAGCACAAGACCAGUGAUAGCCGUGAACCACAUACGAACCACUCGCGAAGACAAGAUGGACGAGCUAAUCAAACAUCACUUCAGCAUCGAGUCUCUGGGCGUAACUCCCAAAACGCCUUCAAAUGACCCCGAGAAGAAAGCCAACGAGAUACUGGAAGCAACAUGCCGACGACUACCCGAAGGCCGACUCGAAGCAGGUCUAUUAUGGAGAACUCCGAAUGAAACUAUGCCAAACAACCGCGAAAAUGCAAUGAAGCGACUAAUCGGUAUAGAAAAACGACUGAAGAAAGAUGAAAAGCUGAAAUGCGAGUAUGAGAAGCAAAUAAGAAACUUACUCGACAGUGACUACGCUGAACCAGUACCUGGACCGUCUACAUCAUCGAGAACCUGGUACUUACCUCAUUUUGCCGUCGUGCAUCCCCAGAAAGGGAAGGUUCGCCUGGUGUUCGACGCAGCCGCAAGAAGUGGCGGAAAAUGUCUAAAUGACGCGCUACUGACUGGACCCGACCUACUCCAAUCAUUAUUCGGAGUACUACUGCGAUUCAGAGAGGGACCGAUAGCAGUCGUGAGUGACAUCAAGGAAAUGUUCCUCCGCAUUCAAGUGUGCGAGCAAGACAGAGAUAGUCUCAGAUUCCUGUGGAGAGAAAAGGACAGCGAGAAGCCGAAAGAAUAUCGAAUGAAAUCACUCAUAUUCGGCGCAGCAUCGUCACCGUGCACCGCAAUAUAUGCAAAAAAUCGCAACGCAGCCGACUUCAAAGAAAAAUACCCAGAGGCGGUACAAGCCAUAGAACGCAACCACUACAUGGACGACUACCUACAAAGUUUUCAGUCUGAAGAAACCGCGAAAAGUGUCAUCUCAGAAGUCGACUACAUACACAAACAAGGCGGAUUUCUACUCAGAGGAUGGGCUAGCAACAGGCCACAAAUAUUAGAACAGUUCCCCGAAGACGUGCGAAACAACGGUUCUAUCGACCUGGGAAAAGAUAGCGAACAAGUCGAGAAAACACUGGGACUCCGAUGGAACGUGUCUUCAGAUCAACUCAACUUCACGCUGAACCUGCGAAACACACCGUCUGACGCCAUAGAGGGCACGAGACCGCCAACGAAACGCGAGGCAACAAGCGCAGUAAUGUCCGUGUUCGACCCGCUCGGGCUGGCCUCGCCGAUAACUGUACAAGGAAGAGCUAUGCUGCAAGAUGUAUGCCGCACGGGCAUCGGAUGGGACGAGCCUCUGAAAGAAAAUGAAGAACGAAAAUGGAAAACGUGGCUGCAAGACCUGAAAAAGCUACAAGACCUGAAUAUACCUAGAUGCACUACAACGAAACUAACUGAAGGCGAAAUUCACGUAUUCUGCGACGCGAGUGAAAAGGCAUAUGCAACAGCAAUAUACUGGCGAGCAAUACACCCCGAUGGUCACGUCGAAGUAAAGCUGUUGUCAGGAAAGUCACGGGUGGCACCACUCAAGCCCGUGUCUAUCCCACGCUUAGAACUGCAAGCUGCACUACUGGGCUGCCGCCUAGCCGCCACAGUAACAAAGGAAACGGACUUAACAAUAAACAAGUCUACCUACUGGACCGACUCGAGAACUGUCCUCGCAUGGAUAAAGUCGGACCCGAGAACAUUCAAGCCCUUCGUCGCACACCGACUAGCCGAAAUUGAAGAUCACACGAAGCCAACUCAGUGGAGAUGGAUACCUACUGCUCAGAAUGUCGCAGACGACGCUACACGAAACGCGCCCUCUCACUUCGACAUACAACACAGAUGGUUCACAGGCCCACCGUUCCUCUACUGUGAUGAAUCAGAAUGGCCAGAAGACAAGAGCUCUCCCAACAUACCAACUACCGGUGAAGAAAAACCAAACUGCGCCCUGCACGUCAUCAACACUGAAGAACAGCUCAUCAAACCUGAAAAGUUUUCAAAAUUCACGCGACUGCUACGAGCGACCGCCCGCGUGUUUCAAGCCGUCGACAUAUUCAAGAAACUAAUUAAAUCAAGAAAAAAUCAAAUUCAAGUAACUAAGAAAAUUACACAAGAUACCACUUGGCGUAUCAAGAAGACUGCCAAAACCAUCCCGCGCAAAAUUGUUCCUACUCAACAACGGAGCACAAUAAAUUACGUGAUACUUACGCAAGAAUACCUAAACAAAGCUGAAAAAUACCUAAUCCGCAAGAUACAAGACGACUGCUUCAAGAGCGAAAAACAUCACCUGAAAAAUAACACCAAAAUACCUAAAAGCUCAAAACUGAAAAACCUGACGCUCACGCUGAAAACUGAAGACGACAUAAUAUACCUAUCAACGAGAGUCGGCGCCGCUCCAUACCUACCUCACGACUACAAGAACCCCGCCGUGCUCGAUGGAAGUCACUACGUCACGCUCCUACUCAUCGAAGAGAAACACCGACAACUUCACCAUGGCAACCAUCAAACAGUCAUGAAUGAGAUAAGACAACGAUACUACGUGACGAAAUUACGUAACUCCGUGAAGAAGAUAACAAGAGAAUGCCUAACGUGCAAAAUACGCCGACAGAAACCACAGAGUGCUCCCCUGGGCGACCUACCUAAAGAAAGACUGAAUAGGUAUCAACGGCCCUUCACAUGUACCGCCGUGGACUACUUUGGCCCAAUGACUGUGACAGUUGGAAGACGUCAUGAAAAACGCUGGGGUGCAUUAUUCACAUGCCUGACUACGCGCGCAAUCCAUCUAGAGUUGGCCAACUCACUCUCAACCGACUCUAUGAUACUGGCGCUGAGGCGAAUGGCUGCCCGCAGAUCGACCCCUGCAACAAUAUACAGCGACAACGGAACUAACUUUGUGGGUGCGAACAAAGAACUUCAAGAACAGCUGAAAAGUCUAUCACAAACAGACUUAGUACGAGAAACUGAAAACUACGGAAUCACGUGGAAAUUCAUCCCUCCCGGGGCCCCACACAUGGGCGGAGCCUGGGAACGCCUCGUACGCUCCGUGAAGACAGCACUAGCAGCAACUCUGAAUGAAAGAUCGCCCAAAGAAGAGGUGCUUCACACACUACUCCUGGAAGUCGAACAUGUGACAGCACAGAUAGAGUAG